GAGUCCGGACGGGCUGCGGGAGGGAAAAGGAGGGUAAAGGUCGCUCGGAGUAGUUAAGCAAGAGGCAGGGCAGGACGGGGCAGGACAGGCGACCUCGCCUCCGGAGCAGCCAUGGCGGAGAAGAAGGGGCCCUCCCAGGCGCCCAUCAGCCCCCUGAAGAACUUCUUCGCAGGCGGCUUCGGGGGCGUCUGCUUGGUCUUCGUGGGACACCCACUGGACACCAUCAAGGUGAGGAGCGAGGCGAAGGAGAGGGACCUGGGGACUACAAGCCCCAGGGCGCACCGCGCGGGUUGAGGCUCGCGAGGGAGGGGUAAUCCCGCUGUCAUUCCCUGCGGUAAGGGAUGAUGGGAGUUGUAGUCCAUAAAAAAAAACGUCUAGGGAUGCAAGUUUGAGAAAGGCUCGGAUAGACUGGUCCAUGGACUACCACCCCCGGUAUUGCACCCCCACCCCAAGAAUGAAUGGCAUUUCGAAUGGCGCGGGCUCAAAAGAACUCCAGCCCCCGUCAUGCAUCGCGCGAAGCAGAAGGGGGGAAGACUUGGCAGCAACUCCUAGCGUGCACCGCGAACACGGCGAGCGCUUAAAGGAGUUUCGAAGUUCGCUCAGAGCGCCCUGCACUGAUGCUACAGGGAGUUCUUAGGGGAAUGUCGGAAGUUGCAAUGUAGUGGCUUUUCGGGCUUUCCUCCAAAUGCAAAAUUUAUUUUUUAAAUGUAUGACUACUUUUUAUACCACCAAUCAGUUCCUCUAAGCGGCUUACAAAACUCGUGCAUUCAGUAACUUAAAUGCAAAAGUACCUAAAUAAAAAGUUAUGAAAGCAACAUGGAUAGCAUGAGCUGUUGCUGCUGCUGACGUUUCCUAAAGUUCAUAAAGUUUUAGAAGAGCAAUGGAGCAUUGCUGGUGUUUGGAACUGCAGUGGAAAUGUUUGUGUUGCUGUGCCCUUUGCAAGGGGGAGGGAAGAUGCGUCUUGGCCUCUGCUAGGAGUGCCAGCUUAAUUGCACGCAGGUAGGGCCUUGUCUACAUGCCAGUUGUAGUUUUGCAAGCUCGUUAUUUGUGAUAGGGCGGGUGGCAACGUUGUGAAAGCCUGAGUCAUAAAAAGCGAUAAAAAUGGCAACCAGUAAAAUACCAGUGGUAAGAUCUCUGCUCCAUAUUCAUAGUUAAUUUUCUUCCUCCCUCAUUUAGGCUGCAGUUUUUUGCCCAAUGACCUGGGAGUAAGUUCCAAUGAAUUCAUGGGCCCUUACUCCCCAGCAGUUAUGGCAUGAGUUUUUAUUGUGCGUUUUGUAUUCUCAUUUUGUAUUUUUAUGUUGUAAUAUUUGGAUAAAGAGUGGUAUACAGAUUCAAUAGAUAAUAAUAAUAAUAAUAAUAAUAAUAAUAAAUAAUAAUACUGCUGAACACUGCUACUGUGAACUGGCAACAGCAACACCAGCAGUUACAUGGUUGGGUUAUACAGACUGAUUUUGAAAACUUUGCUAUCUAUCUAUCUAUCUAUACACACACACACAAACAAACACACACACAUACAUACACACUGAAUCUGCUUCGUGUGUGGUUCUGUUUCUGUUCACAUGGUUAUGUGUUAGUGUGUACAUAACUUUAUGGCAGAUCAAUACAAAUUAGUAAAAAAUAUCCUACCAAUAAAAAUUAUCAAUAAAAAUUAGUAAAAAAUAUCCUACCAACUGUUUUGAAUGGCUCAACAUAGCAUUGCACUAGAGGUCUCUUUACCCAUGUAGCCUAGGUGCAUGGGGCAUAUGGUGAAAUUGCUUUGGGUCACGGAAUCUUUCAGCUUGGUUCUCCUAGUUAUUUUCCAAACCAUGGAGGUAGAACAAGAUAUACCUGUUCUCUGAAAUGUGGUCAUGGGUUAUACUGUGAUCUGCCUUGGGAGGAGAAGCAUUAAGGAGGCCUAUCUUGAUAAAGAUACUUGUUGCCAGUCAUUUUGCAAGACAUUGGGAUUUCUACACUAGAGGAGAGUUUGGUACAGGGUACUGAAUGCAGCAUCUUCUAAGAAGUUUAGUUCACUUUUCUUUUUUAAAGCAAAGUUCUAACCCUUACAGCUGUGAAAAUAGGUUUUGAAAGUAUAUGGCUAAUGCUUGGUGAGAUCACAGAAACUGGGAGAGGGCAGCUGAAGAGUAAUAUAUUGGUUUGUGCAGGAUUAAACCUGGAGGGACGCGGGUGGCGCUGUGGGUCAAACCACAGAGCCUAGGGCUUGCUGAUCAGAAGGUUGGCGGUUCGAAUCCCUGCGACGGGGUGAGCUCCUGUUGCUCGGUCCCAGCUCCUGCCAACCUAGCAGUUUGAAAGCACGUCAAAGUGCAAGUAGAUAAAUAAGUACUGCUCCGGCGGGAAGGUAAACGGCUUUUCCGUGCGCUGCUCUGGUUCACCAGAAGCGGCUUAGUCAUGCUGGCCACAUGACCCGGAAGCUGUAUGCUGGCUCCCUCGGCCAAUAAAGCGAGAUGAGAGUCGUCCGCAACUGGACCUAAUGGUCAGGAGUCCCCUUGUUGUUGUUUAGUCGUGUCUGACUCUUCGUGACCCCAUGGACCAGAGCAUGACAGGCACUCCUGUCUUCCACUGCCUCCCGCAGUUUGGUCAGGUAAAGGAGUCAUUUUACCUUUACCUUAAACCUGGAGAGACCCAGGUUCAAAUCCCCAUUCAACCAUACAACCUUGCCUAAUUGCUGUGAAGAUAUAAUGGAUGGGGCAGGGAAGAGCUGCACAUACAGCCUUGAGGUCUCUAGAGGAGAUAAAUGUAUGAGUGGUUAAUAAGUAGGAUUUUCAGACUGUGCUCUCCAUAGCUUCCCAGUGUCCUUCCCCAUGACCUGUGUGCACAAAGCAAAUAUGUGCAAAUGGGUUUUUCCAGCUUUUUUAGUCCAGAUUUGUGUUAUCAGCAGAAUUGUUAUACAGUAUAUUUCUGCUUAGGAACACGGGUGGCGCUGUGGGUUAAACCACAGAGCCUAGGACUUGCCGAUCAGAAGGUUGACGGUUCGAAUCCCCGCGAUGGGGUGAGCUCCCAUUGCUCGGUCCCUGCUCCUGCCAACCUAGCAGUUCAAAAGCACGUCAAAGUGCAAGUAGAUAAAUAGAUACCACUCCAGCGGGAAGGUAAACGGCGUCUCCAUGCGCUGCUCUGGUUCACCAGAAGUGGCUGAGUCAUGAUGGCCACAUGACCCGGAAGCUGUCUGCAGAUAAACGCCAGCUCCCUUGGCCAGUAAAGCGAGAUGAGCACUGCAACCCCAGAGUCGGUCAUGACUGGACCUAAUGGUCAGGGGUCCCUUUACCUUUUAUAUUUCUGCUUGCAAUGUCACGAUGCCUUCUCAUCUACCAGUUUAUAAUGUUCUGUCUCUCCUCCUCGCAGGUUUGCAACCUGGAUGAAACCUCUUUAAUCCUGUUUUUUAUAGUCCCGUUUCCAAUGUAUCUUAUGUCUUAAUCGGAUGAGUUGGAAGUUCUGUAUCCUUGUGAAACCAAGGACAAUGGACUUUGCCUUUGUAUGCGUCCUCCUGCUAAUCAUUAGACCAGGAGAUUCUAGCAUACUGUUUUAAACAGGGUGGAUAUCAAAAGGAGGGUGGAGGACUUGCCCUUUGUAUGCUGGCUUGGUCACACACAGAAUUGAGACGAAUGUGACCAGUGAAGGAGUUCUUGUACCCCAGAGCUUCCACACACUGAACUGAUACACUGCCCUAGCCCAGGCAAAAUCAAUAGUUUUAAUACAAAGGAAGCUUCAUUAUACUGAAUCAGACCAUUGGUAGCAGCUGUCCAGGUUUCUGGCACGAGUCUUUCUCUUUUUUUAAAAAAAAUUAAAAUUAAGUUUUUAAAAAGAUAUUUUUGUACAUAUAAAACAUAACGAUUUUAAACAUUAAAAUACCGAGUUCUUUCAAACCCUUUGACCACCUUCCCUCUUUCCAUAGGUUCCUUCUUUAAGAUUAAGGUUACUGCAUCUCUUACCCUUAUCUAGCUAUUAUAUAACCAUAAUUAUCAUUAAAACAAUUCCACAUUACAAGUGCCCUUACAACCCCGCCAAAGACUUUAACUGUUUACAGUGGUCUUUUAAGUAAAUUAGACCUUGCUUCUUCUUUAAUUGCCACACCAUUAAUUUCCUUGGUUUGUUAGCAAAUUCAAAGUUUUUCUGUUUUAUCAAUUUUAUUUUCCACUCAACUUCCUGGUUUAUUAGCAUUGAUAAUUGGGUUUGCAGAAUCUUAAUAUGCUGUUUUAUCAGUGCAUUUGCAGGCUUCUUAACUAAUUGCUUUUCUGGCACAAGUUUUUCUCCAGCCCUACACAGAGAUGCCGAGGAUUAAACGUGGGGCCUUUUGCAAUCAAAGCAUUGAGCUGCAAGUCCUUUUGCUGAGAGUAGUGAUCAGUAGUAGCACUGGAAUUUGCCUGACAUAACCUCGUCAGGUGGGUGGCGGAUGAGUCUCAGGAACCCCAAUGCAGUUGGCCAGUGAAAGUGUAAAACCUCAGCUCUUGUGUUCUCAAGCUGUUUUUCUUUGGGAGGUUUCAUUUCAACAGACGGGUCAAAUAUUGUCAAAAGUACAGUCAUACCUCAUGUUACUGCCGCUUCAGGUUAUGUGUUUUCCGGUUGCAGACCACGGGAAACCCGGAAGUACUGGAAUGGGUUACUUCUGGGUUUCACCGCAUGCGCAGAAGUGCCAAAUCAUGCCUGUGCAGACGCGGCACUUCAAGAUGCGGACGUUGUAGGUUGCGGACGUGCCUCCGCCCGAGGUUCCACUAUAGUCGGGCAUUUUAAUGACCUAAUUUCUUACAAUGGUUGCAAGGAACAGAAAGCAUUGUGGGGAUUCCAAAAACCAAGUUAAGGCAGCCUGGACGAGGAUGUCAAGCUAGCCCAUGACAACCUGAGGAAACUCAGCCAGAUGGCCAGGGUAUAAAUAAUAAAAUUAUUAUUAUAAGUGCUUUUUUUUCUUAAAAAAAUGUUUAGGGGUACUCUCAUUGAAAUACUGCCCCUCAAUGAGGCUAAACUUAGAUUCACAAAAUGUUUAGGGGUAUGCGUACCCCCAGAAAAAAAGCCCUGAUGAUAAUGAUGAAGAUGAUUAAUCUUCCUAAGGUCCUCAGUACUAACCCGCAUCAGGUCAGGCUGGGAUACUCUGAACCUGCAGUUAUUGUUGGUACAUCAGUGGAAAUCCUAAUCUGCCCUGAUUACCCAGCCUCAGGCAUUCAAAGAUGGCGCUCAUCUUGACAGGAAGCUGAGCGAGACAGAUGGGAGUCCUAGGUUCUCACUGACCAUUGAGCCUGAUUUGGUAUUGAACUGAUUUGGUAUUGAAGUGAGCACAGCUGAGAGAGAUCAUCUCCUCCCAGCUCAUCACCUUAGGUCUCAGUACUACAGAGCAUGUUAGCCGCCUCAUCCAGAAAUAAAUCUACAUGAAUCCUUAAUCUCCCAGGUCUGAGUUUCAGGAGAUCCUGCCCUUAGGCUCUGGCCCAACCUUGACAAAGGAAGGCUGUCUCUUUGGCUUAUUUUGUACGUUAUCUCUGCAGCUCUUAUUCAGCUGUAUAAUUAGCCAAAUGCCUGUCAGUCCCAAUUUAUUAGGACUGCCACCCCUCAAUCCCAUUACACAGCACUCUUAUUUCAUCAGGUAAGGGGUGGAUUUGAAGAUGGAAAACACGAGGGGCAUGUGAUGGGUUAGGAGAAAGGUGCCUGAGGGAAUUGGAGCUUUGGGUGGCUGGCUAGCCGUCUCUAUUAGAAACCAAUUUCCUAAUAAAAAGGGCCCAGUAAUAAGAGAGAAUGUUUGCAUUCACUGCAUUCCCUCCCCGCUUCAACUUGUUUUGCAGGUCAGGCUACAGACUCAACCGAAACCUUUGCCUGGGCAGCCUGCACUCUACUCCGGGACCUUUGACUGCUUCAGAAAGACUCUCGUCGCCGAGGUAUUGUGCCAGUUCAGUUGUCAUGCCUGUCAGAAACAUCACUUGCUUCUCCAAAUCAAAUUGUGUCAGAAUGAUGUCUUGCUGAAGAUGGAGAGCUUCUUGGGUUAUCAGACCAAAUGACUCAUGCUCAAGUGACUCAGUGGGAAAUUAUUUUUGACAGGAGAACUAGUUAGCUAUACAGUAAAGGUAAAAGGUAAUUGUCCAACUCCUAAGCACAUAUAAUUGUGAAGAUGUGACACCUUACAUUUUGGGGCUGUUUGCACAGUGGCCUGGUUUGCACUUCAUGAUAAGGUUUAUUCUGUUGUGCCCAACCCAUAGCAACUCUUAGGCUCCUCCCUGCUCCCCUUGUCUUCUGUGACUGGAACAAGGAUUUUAUUUUUGGUAAAACACAACUUCCCCUUUUUGUCCAAACCGGGGAUCAUGGAUUAUGCUAACUCUGGUUUGAUUAAACCAACCAGCUUCAUAACCUAUGGAUUUGGCUUGUUUUGAAACAGUAGUGUCCAUCUACAACCCCAGGUUUGGCUGGAAUGGGAAGUAAAGGCUUACAAAAAGUGAAAAUAAAUGCUUCUGAAUGCUUCUUUCCAGCAACACAGAAGGUGGAAGGAGGAGUGCAGAAAUCUAAAGCCCACUGCAGCUGGUGCACAUCAUGAUAAGCCAUGGUUUAUUUGAUGAGUGAAUAUGGCUGCUACAUUCAACACAUGUACAAUCUGUGUACACGUAAUGGUUUUUCUGUAGCCAUGCAUGGUUUUUUAUGUGUAAUUUAUACAAGUGCUUUUAGGGGCUUUCUGGAUGAUAUCCCAGGAUCCUUUUGCCAUUCCUUUACUUUGAAGAAAGUAGGGAAGAAUAUCGUAACCCUUACAUUACUGCAUUAUUAUUAAUUAUAGUUCUGAAAUCUAUAGUUCCAUGCUCUACUGACUCCUCUUCCCUCUUCCAAUUUCUGCAGCAAAUUUCCCCUUCUUUUCCCCUGUCCUCUUUAACAGUGGUUGAAUGUUACAUCUGCACCACCUCUAGCCGUGAUUAAUGCCAACUAGAUUCCCUCUUAAUCUGUUUCAAAUCCUUGUUAAGAUGGGAAUGCCAAGUUCUGGUUAAGACUGGGAAUGGGAGAAGUUGUUUCUGCCAAACCUUGUUCUUAGGUCACCAUUGUGAUUUGUUUGAGUGAAAGGAACCACCACCUCUGGCUCAGAUAUAGUGCGGUUUGUUCAGCCCAGGACAAAGCGGAUGCAAUCGGCUCGUGCAUGAUGAACCAUGGUUUAUGUCUUACCAUGAUGUGUGGACAGAGCCUCUGACGCAUUUCUUAAGAAAGUAUGGCUGCAGAUAAAUUCGGUGUCCCUUCUUCCUAACAAUAAGCCAGCAGCUACUUGUGCUCUCUUGAAUAGGGUCUGCCGCUGAUAUCCGAUGGUGAAAUAGCAUCCCCUGUGAAGUGCUGCAGAAAAGCUAAAGUAAUCCACUGCCUUGCUGUGUCUUGCAGGGUGUCCGUGGUUUGUAUAAAGGAAUGGCGGCUCCGAUUGUUGGCGUGACCCCCAUGUUUGCUGUGUGUUUCUUUGGAUUUGGCUUGGGGAAAAAACUCCAGCAGAGAACACCCGAUGACGUUCUGACGUGAGUGACUUCCGAUAAUCUAGCAACAGGCUGUCGAGGCAUUCCAGGCUACUGUGACGUAUAAAAUUGCACAUUCCGGCAAUGCAGCCAAGAACCGUGUUAUUUUUUCCCUCUCCGUUAUAAAUAUACAUAGGGGUUUUUUUUUGCGAAAUGAAUAAAUCUGGCAAGCUUUAAGGCUCCUGGAAGCGUGGGAUUGAUUGCACCGGCUGAAAACAGACACUGUGUGGGCUGUUGCUGCAUAGUUUCCUUCCCAGGCAAAACUUGCAUCUAUUUAGGAAGGAUUAUAUUUUAGAUUAGUGUGGUGUGUGUUACAUAAUGGCAGGCUCGUAACACCUCCUCGUAAUAGUGGGCCUGAGCACAUAAACCCCAUUUAUAUGCCGAGACGACUGUUUCACUGAGCCUACACUUGGUGAUGUACAUAACCCGACCUUCCCACGACGUACACAUCUUUCUGGUACGCCCUCAGUUCUCCAAAUAGCUAAGUGCAUCCGGAUCAUGCUGGAUUCCCAGAAUUUGUCUCAUACCUCAGCUCCUUGCAGACUUACAUAAGAACAGCCCUGCUAAAGGCUCACCUGGUCCAGCACCUGUUUCCCACAGUGGUCUGUCAGAUGACCAUGAGAAACCCACAAGCAGGAUGUGAGGGCAGUUGCCCUGCCCUAUAGUUGUUCCUCAACGACUGGUCUUCUGACACAGGAUCGUUUGACCCUGGAGGUAACAUCAUGACUUGUCACCAUUGGUAAAUGUUCUCCUCCAUGAGUUUGUCCAGUCCAGGGGUUGGGAACCUUUUGGGUCUGAUGGGCCAGAUCUUUUAUCUCCCCCUGCUUCCCAUGGGCCAGCUUUAACAGCUGGGUGCAGCUGCGCGCCUAUUAAUUGUCUGGUGUCGUGAUGAUAUCAGGUGAUAGAUAGGCAGGAGGUUCUAGCGUUCUGGGGAGCCAGUGUGGUGUAGUGGUUAAGAGCGGUAGACUCGUAAUCUGGGGAACCGGGUUCGCGUCUCCGCUCCUCCACAUGGAGCUACUGGGCCAGUCACACUUCUCUGAAGUCUCUCAGCCCCACUCACCUCACAGGGUGUUUGUUGUGGGGGAGGAAGGGAAAGGAGAUUGUUAGCCGCUUUGAGACUCCUUAGGGUAGUGAUAAAGUGGGAUAUCAAAUCCAAACUAUUCUUCUUCUUCAUAGUGGAUUCACAGGGGUGGGGGAAAGAGGUCUCCUUCGCCAGCACAUUCCCUGCAGGACUGAACCCCACCCCAAUAAUAAUAAUAAUAAUAAUAAUUUAUUUAUACCCCGCCCAUAUUUGUUUAUACCCUGCUUCAGGUUACGGACUCCGCUAACCCAGAAAUAGUGCCUCAGGUUAAGAACUUUGCUUCAUGGCGAGAACAGAAAUCACAUGGCGGUGCAGCAGCAGUGGGAGGCCCCAUUAGUUAAAGUGGUACCUCAGGUUAAGAACAGUUUCAGGUUAAGAACGGACCUCCAGAACAAAUUAAGUUCUUAACCUGAGGUACCACUGUAUGUGAUCUUGAGAGAGAAGAUGUGACCAUGAAAGAGUCCCAAGGGCUGGACUGAGGCCUACAUGAGGCCUGAGGCUCCCCCACCCCUGCGGUAAAGUGGGGGAAUAUGCAAAUAUUGUUCCAAAUUUGUAGCGAUCUGUCUGAAUCUGCUGCUACUAUGGUUCUGUAAUGACUGUUCAUGCUGCCUUUAUAUUUUUAAUUGGCUUUUGUUAUUUUUUAAAAUUGUUGUUAGCUGCUCUGAGGUUCUUUCUGAAGCACCUGGUGAGAUGUAAAUUGGGGGGGGGGAAUAAAGACGACGAAAUUAUCAUUUAAUUACAUGAUUACAUUUUGCUCAGAACGUUGGUUUUCUUGGCACAUAAUUGGAAUUUUUAACGUUGACAGGGAACAGCCCUGAUAAUAUGCACAGGUAUUUUUAAUAGUUGGCUGGCGUUUUUAGUUCUUUUGUUCUGGAAAUGGAAGGGGCUUUGAAAGAACAGAGUCUAAAAUGCCGCGUUACUGAGCAGUUGUUGAUUUAAUACGGUGGCAUGGCAAGGCCUAGUAAGGACUCAAGAACCCUACGGGUGGCUGACCAGUGGCCAAGCAGAUGUCUCUGGGAUGCACACAAGCAGGAGAUGAGCACAAUAGCCCUCUCCCACUUCUGACCCCCAGCAACUGAUGUUCAGAGGCCUACUGACGCUAAUCCUGGAGGUUAGAUACAGCCAUCAUGACCAGUAGCCUGAUAAAUGAAUUUAUUAGCCUUUACCCCCCAUGAACUGGUCUAGUUCACUUUAAAAAAACAUCCACAUUGGGAGUCAUCACUACAUCUCUUCCUGGCUCUGUAUUUAGGAAAAUGCAAAUCCUGUGACUAAUGUCCUUUCAUCCCUAUGCAGAUAUCCCCAGCUUUUUGCCGCAGGCAUGCUUUCUGGGGUGUUCACCACCGUAAUCAUGGCUCCGGGAGAGAGAAUCAAGUGCCUUUUACAGGUAAGAGGGGCUUCAGGAAGCCACCCAACCGUUCCAGGAAGCUAGUCUGGCCAUUGCACCCUAGCAAAAGCUUUCUAUCCUUAUAUUUCCUUCUUAUCACUGGGUGUCCUCCUCUAGCCUGCAGUCUGAGGUUAGCAGGACACCAUGUAAAUAUAAAGUUUUCUAAAUGUUUUGGAUGUCCCCCAGUCCACUUGGCUAAGCAUAUCCGUGUGUGUGUGUGUGUGUGUGUGUGUGUGUGUGUGUGUAAAAAGACAUAUGUGCGGAAGUGUGUAUAGAUAUGAACGAGAGAGGAUGCUAAAAUUGCCAGGAAACUAUGCCCCGCCUCAAACUACUAACCGUUGGCACAUCACAUUCCUACCAGCAAUGUUUUCUUAAUGAUACUGCUCAUAUGAGUGCUACAAGUAGGGUGCAGUGACGACUGCAGGAGCAGGAGGAGAGCAACGGGUGGAACAGAGGUCCAGUCAUCGGGCCAGGGGCUUGUGCAUCCUGCAGUAGCUUGCAGGAGGUUCCUAGCACAUUUACGCUGAACUGGUUAGGACAGUGUUCUCCCAAUAGGGUUGACGGGCCUGUUACAAUAUUUGCAAGGGUCCUAUACCCACUGCUGUCCUAUUUGACACUGAUACGUAAUUCUCUCCUUGGUCCUCAGGCUUCAGCUUUGGCCUGUGGCCUUUCUUAAAGACGCAACCUGCCUCUGUGUCAGUGACAGCACUUUUUCAACUUUAUUUCAGCCCCCUUCCCCCCUGCUGGAGUUCCUUGCGGUGAAAUUCUCUUACAUCUGAACUCUCUUCUUGGAGAGGCAUCAGUCAAGGGCCUGCGGUGCACCCUGACACUUUCCUGGCUGUCAAGUAACUCUCUCCAGAGGACUUCUCCCUUCUGAUGGGCCCUAUCUUGUAGACCAGAAUAGUCUCUUCCCCUUCCCCCAAGAUCAGUUUCCCUGGAUCAGGGAGGGAAAUGGGGGUAGCUCACACCAGGCAUAUCUGCUCUUGGCUUCCCAAGAGCCUUGGACCUGCAGACCUUAUUGAAAGCUCCCCAUAGUAGCACGCCCGUUAUUCAGCCUGUGGUUAUCUGAACAUAUUGAAUGUGCAGGUUUAUUUCUCAUUCCCCAUAUAAACAGCCUGCCUGUUUAUUUCCAAGUAUACAUCCGUUUACAGCUUGACUACCCCCCCAUAGCGAAGUCACUAAAUGUUGCAUUUGAUUACUGUUAUGAAUGAUACACUUUAUGGAAGUUUUUGCAGGCUCUUUUUGGACUAGGUAAGGAAAUUAGAUGUUAAAGAGCUGGAAGGGGAAGAAGGAUACAGGCAGAGCAGCUGAUAGUUUGUUCAAUUGCAAUUUGAGUGAAAUUUUGAACAGAAUGUUCACACCAGGCUUGCAGAAGCGACUCAUUAAUUUGAGCAAGCUAAAACUAAGAGCGACCACAAGAAGUUUUGAAGUUGAUUUUCAUUCUGACUUUGUCUUAUCCUUCUCGUUUGUAUAUUUUUAUGCAAUUGUGAUGGCCUAUGGAAUAAAUAUAUGCAAUAAAUAUUUACUGUAUAUCAAGUGGAUUUCAAUUUCCGCCACUUCGGUGCGCAAUCAUCACUUGACAUCCUGCGGCUCACAUCUCACAGUUGACGUCUGAGGGAGGAAUCAAAUUUGCAGAGCUGCCUUUCAGGAGUUCUAGAUUUAGGGGCAUUUGUACAACCGUGUAGUUAUAGCUGAUGAGAAAACCAUUCUUUAAUUCCCUUAGAUCCAGGCAGCCUCUGGUGAAAUUAAAUAUGGAGGCCCUUUGGACUGUGCCAAACAGCUUUAUCGCGAGGCUGGCAUUCGAGGUGUUUACAAAGGAACGGUGCUCACCCUCAUGAGAGGUAAUUGCUGGUCAAGUGCCCCUAAAGCCCUGUUUGUGGAAUGUUGUAAAUGUUAUUUUUUUCUUAAAGUUUUGUUAAAAUAACAAUAAAAGUAGCUGGAUUGUUAAAGGGGGAGAGGGGAGGUUGGCACUGAAUGGCUCCUUUUGUAAAUAAUAAAAUAAUAAUAAUAAUUUAUUAUUUAUACCCGCCCAUCUGACUGAGUUUCCCCAGCCACUCUGGGCAGCUUCCAAUCAAGUGUUAAACACAAUGCAGCAUUAAAUUUUAAAAACUUCCCUGAAGUUUUCAGAUGUCUUUUAAAAAUAAGAUAGCUGCUUACUGUAUUUUUCGCACCAUAGGGCGCACCGGACCAUAGGGCGCACCCAGUUUUUAGGGGAGGAAAUCAAGGAAAAAAAUAUUUCCCCCCCAGCCCCAAAGAGCAGCGUACAGGCUGCGCACAACCUCUCCCUGCCGGAGGGGUUGAGUGGGGCUAUGGCACAAGCCAAGGCAGCAAGCAGGAUGGAUCCCGCUCGCUGUUUUGGCUUCCUCUUUAGCCCUGCGCAACCUCUCCUUGCCAGGAGACACUGCACAGGGCUAAAGAAUCCAUAGCCCCGUGCAGCCUCUCCUAGCCAGGAGACGCUGCGCAGGGCUUUCCUGGCUUUACUGGGAGGUGGGGGGAUUCCCUCACCUCUCCCAAAAGCCCGCAGAAGCCGCGCAACCCCUUUAAAGAGAUCGCAGCUUCUCCUGGCUUUUCUGGGAGGUGGGAGAAGGGACUGAUGCGGCCAGUCAGUCCCUUCUCCCUCCUGUGGGAAAGCCCGCAAGAGCGCACGGAGCUUGUGUGCGGCUCUUGGGGGCUUUUCCCGCCUGCCUCCCCCCUGCAUUCGCUCCAUAGGACGCACACACAUUUUCCCUUGCUUUUUAGGAGGGAAAAAGUGUGUCCUAUGGUGCGAAAAAUACGGUAUUUCCUUGACAUCUAAUAGGAGGGCGUUCCACAGGGCGGGCGCCACUACCGAGAAGGCCCUCUGUCUGGUUUAUAAUCUGAUUUAUAAUCACAGAUGAUAUUGUAUUUCCAUCCUCUCCCCACCCCUUCUCCCCAGCUCUGCCCCUGUCUCAAUCAAGGAGUCAAGCCCACUUUGUUCUGCUUUGGGGCCUGGCGGAAUGUUCUGUGCCAUUUCCUUCAUUGCAGAACGUUCCUUGCAAGUCAGGCCCCGGUUGCGCCUCUGGUUUCUCUAAGUCUGAAUUUGUGUUUGUUUUACCAGAUGUUCCAGCCAGUGGGAUGUACUUCAUGACCUAUGAGUGGCUUAAACAUAUUUUGACACCUGAAGGGCAGAGGUGAGUAAAACCCUACGUUUCCCACCAGUACAUCUAAGAAAUUCUUCCUGCUGCUGAGUAAGGAUAAUCUUGUGUACUUAAUUAUCAAAAACACCAGUAGCAAGUGUUUCCAGGGAAAUGCUCAAAUACUUGGUUACGUGUUCUUUAGUUUUGUUGCAUUUGUUUACAGGAAAGCCAUUUUUUUUAAAAAAUGCACUACUACUAAUAAGAUUACAUUUCUAUCAAGGAUUUGAAGUGAUCAAAGCCCUUAACAUGUUCUGUUACAGUAAACUUUACUGUAAAGUAAGCCUAAGUGGCUUCGUCGUUGUAUGUGCCUUGUAGUAUGACACAGGGGCAGAGUGCAGAAUUGGCCCUACUGGCGCCCUUGCACUGUGCCAACCUCCCUGCUGCCUGUCCCCUCUGCCUUGGUGUCUGUUGCAUUUCUGGUCCCAAGAAGUUGUGAUCUUCAUAAAUAGGAACGGAAAAGAAAAGUAAGUCUUGUGGCACCCUGAAGUCUACGGUUUGCACUUUCAUGGGUUACAGAUAUGAGAAAUGUUGCCCUCGGAAUGCAAAAAUAUAGAACAACCAUCACCCUGUGAACAGUAGUGUCAAAUAAUGAUAAAAUGCAAAAUAAUAAUAAUAUUCUGUGCCAAUGCAGAUAAAGCUUAGAUUUAUGCAGAAUAAGCACCUUGUGACCAUUCACAACAGAAGUAAUUGGUGAUGGAGGACACUGAAGAAUCUCUCUCUCUCUUUCUCCCUCCCUCUUUUUAAUCUUCUCUGCAGUGUCCGUGACCUCAGUGUACCCAGGAUUCUGUUUGCAGGUGGCAUGGCAGGGAUUUUUAACUGGGCUGUUGCGAUCCCUCCAGAUGUGUUGAAGUCUCGUUUCCAGACGGGUGAGUCAGCUUGGUCUCUAACCUAAAGAUGGGCUCUUGGGAGAUUGCUGUUUUUGUCUUCCAUUACCUUUUGAAAUGCAUGAUUCAAAGAGAUCCAGUCCUUCCCCCUGUCAGAAUUGGUUUUUGGCAGGUGACUGCCUGAGACUGAAGCAGGGAAACCAAAUUGGAACAUUGAGCGUUCAGUAAAAUUGCGUGCAUCUUGAGUGACUCAUUGCUAAUUUCACCUUAGAGUAAUUAGAGAAAACAUGGAGGUGUGGCUAACACUAUCCAUGGCUCUCCCCACCCUGAGUUCCACUGUAGUUCCACAAUAUUCUUAGGAAGAGAAUGCACAUUGAAGGAUUAUCUCUUUCAGGUUUCAUUUGCACAUUGUCUUCUUCAGUGAGUUCCUCUGAGCAUCAUUCCUGGGCAACAGCCCAUGCCACACACUCUGGUUUAAUCCGGAGCUUGAUGAGACAUUUGCAUCUUUCUUCACUGUGCCAUGACUGCCCUUUCCCAUUGUGGCCAUUGGGUUGCUGGUGCGGCACAAAUUCUCACUUUUCUCCCCUCCUAAUUGUUGGCUUUGCCACUGCAACUCUAUUCACUAAGGGAAUUGGAACCAAAGUGGGGUAUGGUCCCAUUUUGCAGCCUCUUUGAGGCUUUCUGUUAAGUUUUUUUCCAGAGGAAACUUUUGUGCUGGCUUUCUGGUGAGGCAAAUAGCUGCUUGCCUGGUCAGCUGUGGUGAAUAUAAUUGCCUGCAAAUAAAGAGCAUGGAUCCAAAGAGAGGGGAACCUGUGGCACCUUGGGGACUACAGCUCCCAUCAGCCCCAGCCAGUGUGGUUUCUGGGAGUUGUAGUGCUGCAUCAUGCAAGUUUCCCCAUCCCUGUCUGAUCAAGGAAGUUGGUACUUUCAGGCCAUUGGUAUGCCUCUAAUGAUUUCUCAUUAGAUUGGGUUAGUCAGUGGGACAGGUGGGAAGUGGGCCAGAACGUUCCUGGACUCCUUUGUAGAGCUGGUUCAGCAUCUUCACCACAGCCAUGCCUUGCCUACUCAGCAAGCCAUUCAGAUAAGUUCUGAAAGUUUUGCCUGCCUGAGCCUCUUCGCCACAGUGUGGCUUGUACAGUGGAUCUGGCAAGUUACUCGCCCUUGAGUGAGUGGCAAGUGGUUAAUUUCAAGCCUGAUUUCAAGGAACAUCUCCCUUUCUCCCCACCCCAGAAGGCAGGGUCUCUAACUAGAGAUGGGGAACCUGUAGAUGUUGAGUUGUUGCUGGACUACAGCUUCCGUCAUUCCUGGCCGUGCUGGAGGAGCCAGGUUCCCUAACCCUCAACUCCAUGCAGUACUUAUCACUGCAGAAAAUGUGCUCCCACAGCAGUAGUUAUCAUUUGAGGGUGUGCAGAAAGGAGGGAGAGUGAUUGCUGGGCAAACAGGGAGGAAGGGGGAGCACAAGGCUGCCUUGGCAGGCCAGGGCUUCUCAGUGACUUAAACCAUAACUUGCAUGCUUUUACCUUUCUCAACAGCUCCUCCGGGAAAGUAUCCCAAUGGCUUCAGAGACGUUUUGCGGGAGCUGAUUCGAGAGGAAGGAGUGGCGUCACUGUACAAGGGAUUUACCGCUGUGAUGAUCAGGGCUUUCCCAGCCAACGCAGUAAGUGAACAGUGGGCUCAUCGACAGAUGGUAGAAUUUUUUUUUAGCCCUGUUUCCAUUUGGAUCAUUUCAUUCCUUUCUGUAUGUUUUCCUCCAGGCCUGCUUCCUUGGUUUUGAAGUCGCCAUGAAGUUCCUUAAUUGGCUCGCCCCAAGUCUGUGAAGACCGGAAGGACGUGUUCCUAAGGGAACCUGAGGACAAGAGGAAGGAGGCAAUUGCAUUAGAGAAGCAAAAUGGAAGCAAAAUAAGCUGUAUAAAUGACUUAUUUUUUAAUAACCGGUUUUUGCCUUACUCGCUACCUCUGGAGGAGGCUGUUGUUGCCAUUCAGAAUCUCGAGCCAAUUCUCAUCCCCGUUGGGAGUUUGAGAUGCAUACCUGCCUUCUGAACCCAAAGUUACCAUAGGGGUAAAGCUGCUCGUAGAAAACCUUACUGCUAUUAAUAGGUGUCAAAUUUCUUCUUAUUUGCCUCUUUUGGAAAUAAAGAAGGAAUAUUUUAAUUUCCCAUUUUUUAAUCUUAAUAAAGAACUGCAUGGAUGGUGGCGAUAGUACCAGGUGGAGGGUGGGGUUGGAGAUCUAGCCACUGUGCAUUUAAUUCUCAGGAUAAACUUCACACUUAAGUGCAUGCAAGCACGUAAGAAGAUUGUUUAGCUUUGGUUUACAGGCACUACACAGUCUGCCACUAAAGUUCCUGUGUAAGCAGCAUGGAAAUGAAUGAGACUUGCACAUGAACACAGAUGUUACUUCAGCAGUCCCAGGAACUUUAGUGGGGCUUGUGCAUUACUCAGUCAUGGCAGGUACUGGUUUUAAGUCUCUUGUUUGUUACCUUGAGGUGUAUGGCCCACACUGUGGCGCGGCAUGCUGGUUUGAACUAGUUCACACACUGAAAGCUCAAGAACUGGACGCAACAGAUAUAAAAUUAACAGAGCUGCAGAAUCUUGUAUUAAUGUCUAAUAAACUCAAACUGAUCAAUUACAGGUAUAAGGGAGUAAUCUCCAGGUUUCUUCAGAGAUCCUGUCACAGUUGGUUAGAAAGUGCAGUCAGCACAGAAACACAGGUGUUUCAAGCCCCCUUUCCUCCUAAAAUACUCUUUCAAUAGGUGCUUUCUGGUAACCAGUGAUACCAGCUUCACAAGUGCCAACCUCAUGGUUAUAUCUGAGGUGCCAAAUGAUGAAUUCUGGUACAUAGAAUACCUGUGCUUGUAUUGUGGUGGUUUCAAAGUCAAGAGAAGUUUUAAAACUGGAAGUUGAAAGAGCCUGAAAUAUGACAACUUCAGAGUGACUGUUUCCACUGCCGUUUUUCCUCAAGAGGACUUUAUUGCAUGCCUGGUGUGUUUUAGCUGAAGCACAUCCCAUGCUCAGGCAGUAAAGGCAGGACUAUUGAUCUGUAAAGUGUUUCAGUGGGAUAAAAUUAUCCUGUUCAGGACUAUGAACAGACUUGCUGACUCUCAGCCAGAAUUUGGUCUUGGUGGUUCUUGUUUACUUUCCGUUUUGGAGUUACUACACCAUCGGCAGAGACUUGUCUUCCUUUUCAUAGAUAUCAGCCAGGCUAUUUUAAAAAUAGCCUCUGCCAUCAUGAGAGCCAGAGUCUUGUUCUAAGGGCUGAGAUUCUUUUGGAAUGCAAAUCCUAUACUAGCUUCUCCAGGGAACCCCCAAAGGCUGCUCGUGUUCUCUUGGUGUAUAGUUUUGUAUUUGUUGCUGUCUGUGAGAAUCUGUUGUUAAACACACAAAUUGAACUUUAACUCUGCUGGGACUGAAGGUCUCCCUCAGGACAGUUGAGAUCCUGCUUUAACUAAAAAUUGGCUGUCUGGCUGUCAGUCAUUCUGCUCAUUUCUCACUGUGUCUUGUAUAUUUGAGGCAUUCCAAAGAGAAAUCCUCUUUCUGAAAUAUACUCCUCUACCAAAGUAAGAUAAUUAAGCCUGCACAAGCUGCCUAUGAGCUUUUGAAAAAGUAACUGCUCCCUUAAAAAAAAAAUAAAGAUCAUGUGCAUAGUUUCAUGAUGGUGGUUUCAUCUCUUGUAAAACAUUAAUAAAUUACUUCAUGAUGCCCAUCAUUAACACAUUAAGCUGGUCAUUUCCUUCCUAUCUAAGACAAAGGAUUGCUUUCCUUUGCAGUAUAUUGCUUCAUUCAGUGCUUAGGUCAUUUGGUUAAAUAUUAGUAAUUCAUUGUCCCCGGAACAGUACUUUUUUGGGGGUGGGGGCUUUAAGGGGCUAGUUUUCUCAGAACAUUUGCAAAACGCAACCCCUCUUCAGGGUUGCUAGUCCUUGAACCAGCCUUAUUAAUUAAAACAAUACAUGGCCAUCUGUCGUGGAUGGUUUAGCUGAGAUUCCUGCCUUGCAAGGGGGUUGGACUAGAUGACCCUUGGGUCUCUUCCAACUCUACCAUUCUAUGAUUUUGUGCCCUGCUGCAUCAAACCAAAGCUCCAACUAAAGCAGGCUUCAGGUUUGAGAAAGCCCUGUUCAAAAUGCUCCCUGGCAGGCCUUAAUGCACUUACUGGUAACCUUGCAGCAGCAGGAAACAACUGCGGACAUCAAGAGCUGAGCUGCCAUUUGAAUUUUCUAUAGUGCUGUUGCUCUGGAAUAUAGCAUUGAAGGGAUUAAAAUGGCUGCUUGGAGCACCAGGAGGAUUUUCUUUCUAAUGUGGGAUUAGAGCAGGCAUUGGUUGUGGGCCUUGAUGGCGAGCCAUGGCCCUGGCACACCUGCCCAAGGAUGCUAGGUGUUGACACCAGCCUUGCUAUUGACAGCACUCCGUCACAGUUUCCUGCAAGCUCCCAAGCAGAACAUGAAGGCACAGAACAUGUUUCUCCUGAAUCUGCUGCCAGUCAACCGCAUUGAGUGACCCUGAGUCUCUAGGAUUGCAAGUGAUGGUGGUGGGAAGGAUUCUCUCACUCUACUCCAUUCAUAUUCUUUAUUAAGUCUCUCCCUCCUCCCUCCCAAAAAACUGAAAUGUUUAUAGUGAAGCUUUUCAUUUCCAUUGAUAAUUAUAGUUGGUUUUUUCCAGCUCUGUGCUCGUUUUCAAGUUGGGUGACCAGUAUCAUAUACCAAAAGUGCCUAACCUGUUGCCUUCCAUAUGUUGCUGAACCAGAACUCCCAUUAUGCCUGGACUCUCAUCUUAGCUGGGGCUGAUAAGAAUUGGGAGUUUAAUGACAUGUGUAAAGCCACCCCUUGCUGUAUACGGUGCUUCAAAUUGGGCCAUGCUAUAGAUUUAUUAUACGGUGGCAUAAUGGUGCUUGCUGUUUUAUUUUCUCUCUUUCCUAGCAUUUAAUAUGCUGCCCCCCAUAGCUUCAGAGAACUGUCCACUAUGACAACAGCUCAUUCUGACACCAUCACUUUGUAUGUAGUAUUAGUCUGAUAGCCAUUUCUAGAAGGCAAGGGCUACCCAGAAUUCUGGAAAAGGAAGUGGGAAGUACACCAACCAGAAAGGCAUGUAAAUUAACCAACUGUGCAUAAUUAGCUCCCAAUAACAGGUUGUCUAGUGCUAACCUCCAGCCCUCUCUCUAAAUAGUCUGCUGUUGUCACCUCACUCAGUUUAUGGCAGAGCUGUUGCUGUCGCACUCUGGGUGAAUGAAUUAAUAUAAAACUUCUGUUUUGAUGAAAUUAACCCAUUAAGGCUUCAUUCAUUACAAUUACAUCCAUUUCUUACAUGCCAUUUUAGUAACUCAGUACUAGUUCACCACUGCAGGCGGGUGGAGAAAUAAACAGUUUGCAGUACAGGCAUACUGUUAACUGGUUUGCACCUGUUAAUAAAGGUUUUGUGCCUGUUAGUACAGUAUCUUAAGACAUGCUCGAAAUCAUUUGCAAGCUUGGACAGCAGGACCUGUCUCCAAAUGUCUAAUAGAGAUUACGGUUUCUUGGUUCAGUCUUCUUAUUCUGCUGAAAUUAUAGUCUUUCCUUAAUGCUGCAAUUGAAAAAGGAAUUGUAAAGGAUAUGAACAAAUGCAUUGGAAUUGACAUUACAGUUUAAUUUUC